AUGGUGCGGUCUGCUUCCGAUAAUGGCGAUACGCCUGAGCCGCCCAUAACGCGAAGUCUGAGGUCAAGACAGGUACCCAUCGUGACUGAAAUUCCGGACAGUGGCGACGACUCUUCUAGCAAUCUAACCGAGCAAGCUUCGCCCGAUCCAUUGGAACUUUCGAAUGGGAGUGCUAGCUCAGAUGAUCAAGCAGGGAAGAAGCGACGGAAACUCAGAAGUGGCGACAAAAACCUGGGCGGCCGCAACCACGAAAACGUCCGUAGGAGCACCCGCGAUGCGCGAAAUCGAACCAAAUAUGACUUUUCGACGGGUAUUGAGGACGAUGAAGGUGAUUCAUUCGCACCCGAGGAAGAUGCCUCGGCAAAGACAAAAAGAACAGGUCGACGCAGUCGCAGAGCAGUGGAAUCCAGUGGCGGUUCUGACGAGGAUGAUUUACUGGAAUUGUCUCGCGAAAAUGCAUCCAGUCGUCGUUCUCGACAGGUUACAAGCGCCCACGCCAACACCAACACUUCCGAGAGGGCAUGCGAUGAGCAUCAAGCAACAUGUUCCAGAUGCUCUGAGAAAUAUGAACCUAACCUUGUGCAACUUUGGAUCCGAGCCAAUAAGAAUCGUAAGGGGAAGCCGAGGGCCGGCAGCUUGCUAGAUCGUUUCCAAACUCUUGAUGAUGUUUACAGGCAAGGUUGUUGGUUAGAAUGUUCAGGUUGCACCAGUGCAUAUCAUUUUGGAUGUUUACCGGCCGAUAUGAAGAAAGAUAUUACCACCCAGCACCGAAAAGAGCGACUAGAACUCAUUCGACAAAGAGAUGCUCGGGAUCCUAAAACGGACGAAAAGGAAGUCGAGAUUCCACCCGAUAAAAGAGAACAACAACCUGAUAUCAAGUUAUCCCUUAAAUGCCCCGCAUGCAUCAAGCCAUACGGCUCUCAAUGUAUGAUAUGUGGUCAAAAUCACUCUACUGGCGACGUCACGCAGGAUGAGGUUAAAGCGGCUCCAGCCAUCGAAGCUCAAGAAAAGACUCGCAAGGAAACUCCUGUGGGAGGAGUCGACGGCAAAUCGCAAGUUGGGGGUCCCGAGGAAACGGUCACCUCGAAGCCAUCGAAAGAACCUAUAAUAUUCAGAUGCACGAGUUGUAAACGGGCCGCCCAUUAUACUUGCUUACCUGCGGUUGGGGACGACUAUCCGACAGAGUUGGAAGAUAUUGCAGAAUACUGGCAGACCGAUUGGACCUGUGCUGAAUGCGAUGAAUUGGCCGAUAUUUCCGUCGAGAUCAUCCUUGCCUGGAGGAAGCCGGUACCCAAAGCGCUCGAUCCUGUCAAGGACUCGCAGUCUGGAAAUCGAGAGUUAACCGGAUCAUUGCACGACAAACCAAAAGGCAGAUCCAAGGACUCUAAAACUCGUCAGAUCCUUCCCAACCCCAAAGAUCCAUUCGAACAAGCCGAGUACUUGUGCAAGUAUGAAACCUUUAGCUUUACCGAUUGCUCUUGGGUUACGCACUCGUACCUUGUCGCCAAGCAUCCGGCUAAAUUACGCAACUUUUUAAGCAAGGGUCCCGCCUUAGAUCUAAAACAGUUUUCCGGCGGUGAUCAUGACGACUCGGACGACUCUGACUCCAAUGCUGACUCUGAACAGGAUGAUGAUGGCUUGCCAUUCAAUUUGGACCCGGAUCAAGACGCCCAGCUGAAAAUACCCAAGGCUUGGCUCACACCUGAAAGGGUUUUGUCGAUCGAAUUUGAAGAUGAGCUUCUGAUUGAAGAUGUCAAAGAGGCCGAUAUUCCGGAGACACCAGAGGAGAUGUACGAAAUGAUGGACCGAGCUUACAUCAAAUGGGAAGAGCAAUCUUACGCUGAUGCCACCUGGUCUGAGAAGACACCCAAAGACUCGCCGUAUUUUCCAGCGUUCAUGUCAGCUUUGGAGAGGUUUAUGCAGUUCCGAAAAUUUGUUGUUCCUACCGUCAAGAAUUCAACAGAGUUGGCCAAAUUGGACGCGCCCCGUAGGGAAAGCUCUUUUUCCGCGCUUGAAAAACAACCGGAUUUCAUUCCCAACCAACUGAUGGGAUUCCAGUUGGAAGGAGUUAACUUCUGCUAUUUCAACUGGCACCGACAACAUCCCACAAUUUUGGCUGAUGAAAUGGGUCUGGGCAAAACAGUGCAAAUAUGCUCGCUGAUUGCCGUCCUAAAGAACAAAGAACGACGCAUGCCAUUUCUAAUUGUAGUACCGAACAGUACGCUUGGAAACUGGUCUCGUGAAUGUGCCAAGUGGAUCCCAGAUGUAAAGUGUGUCUCACUUCCUGGAGAUUCUGAUUCUUGCGAGGUUGUGCAGAAUUGGGAGCUAUUCAAAACUUCAGGGAAGUCCAAACGACAGCUGGCGGCCCCCGUCGUACUAGCAACGUAUCAAUCCGCAGAGAAGAAUGCACACCUGCUCCGUGAGAUUCAACGCUGGGAGGUCGUCAUCGUCGAUGAAGGCCAACGUCUGAAAUCUGGUCCGAAGGGCGGCUUAUUUCGGGCUCUGAGUAGCCUGCAAGUUGGACACCGAAUUUUGAUGUCUGGCACGCCGCUUAACAACAACUUACGAGAACUUUUCAACUUGCUGUCGUUCUUAAACCCGCAGAAGUAUCCGCCGGAUGUGAUCGAUGAAAUGGAGCUGCGAUAUUCCGCCUUAACUCCGGUACUCAUCGACGAGCUCAGAGGGACCAUCAGACCUUACAUGCUUAGAAGGACGAAGGAAACAGUCUUGGAUCUUCCUCCUUUGACGGAAAUCAUUGUUCCACUCACCAUGAGGCCGUUACAGAAACAGGUUUACCGAGGUCUUCUCUCAAGGAAUGCCAAUCUUAUUACCUCGAUAUAUUCUAAAGGUUCAAAACAAAAGAAGACCCGAGCGGGCUUCCAAAACUUGUUGAUGCAGCUGAGGAAAACGCUGGCACACCCAUAUCUCUACGAUCGAGAAAUCGAACCCGACAAUGUCACCGAUGCACAAGUCCAGGAAAACUUGGUCGAGGCUUCAGCUAAAUUAAUUUUCUUGCGAAAAUUCUUGCCAAAGCUUUUGGCCCGUGGUCAUCGGUUGUUGAUCUUUUCACAAUUCACCAUGUUUUUGGACGUCAUGGAAAGAUUUCUUGAUGGUGAAAAAAUGGAUUACUUACGUCUGGACGGUAACACAUCUCAAUUAGACAGACAGACUCGCAUAGAUCAUUUCAAUCGCAAGAACUCGAAUUAUAACAUCUUCCUGCUAUCAACCAAAGCAGGCGGAGCAGGUAUCAAUCUGGCUACUGCUGACGUGGUCAUCGUUCUAGACCCAGAUUGGAAUCCACAUAACGAUUUACAAGCAAUCAGUCGCGCUCACAGGUUCGGCCAAAAAAAGCCAGUCUCAGUCUUCAAGUUGAUGGUCAAAGGCUCGGCGGAAGAGAAGAUUGUCCAAACCGGCAAGAGAAAACUAGUGCUGGAUCACCUCGUAAUCCAAAAAGCUUCAGAAGAAGAGAUCGAGGCUACUGAUGUUGCUAGCAUUCUUCAAUAUGGUGCACAAGAGUUGUUAACCGCGUCCGACGAAGCCCUUCAGAAAGACGUACGAUAUACCGAUGAGGAGUUGGACGACUUGAUACAACGAACUGCCGAAGGAGCCAAGUCGAAAGAGGUCGCUGAUGGAGAAUCCGCCAAACUUGACAAAUCUUUCGCAUUUGCAAGAGUUUGGGAAGGUCGAGAGAAGGGCUUGACAGAGCUCGAUGUCGAUGUAGCCGAGGAUGAGAAAGAUGCAAGUAACGCUCAAGAUCAACGGUCGUUUUGGGACAGCAUUUUGCAGGCCAACGAGGCAGAGAGAGCCAAAGAAAACCCAGAAGAGACCGGGACGGGUAGGGGACACCGCAGAAGGAAAGAUGUGUCCUAUAAUAUCUCACAACAGGACAUCGACUCGCCCCAGAAGAAGGAUCGGGGCGACGAUGACAUGAGUAGUCAAGGCGAUGACAACUACGAACCGACAGCACUGAAAGAAGUAGACAGCGAGUCGAGUCAAUCGGAAGGAGAGCAAGAAGUUCUUCCGGAUCUUAUGGAAAUCACCGCCCCAGCACCGACGCGGGAGCAACUCGAGCAAAAUCGGAGAGAUGAAGAACGGAUGAAGGCUGAAAGAAGAAGACGAAAGUGGGAGAGAAAGAUCAGCGGGGUUCUUCUGCAGCCCGGCGUAUCUAUCGCUAGCGGUUCAGGGAGCUCUCAACCGAUAGGCGGCCAAAAUCAACUCAGCUGGGAUUAUGUUACCCAAACUUAUCGCUCGAAUGACGUGGGGAAAAAGUCAUCACAUGAGGUUCAUAGUCGCCCUGCGAAAGUAAGUCGAGUCGGUUCAAUCAAACUAUCAGAACUCCAAGGCCUCAGCAAUCAGGAAUAUCGAAGCAAGAUGGACGAGCUCUGGUUUUGGCUUACUUCAAAAGCCAAAGCGUUACAGAAUCCGAUGCUUGACUCUCUAUUGGCUUCGGCCCGAAAUCUAGGGCAUGCGGAGCAGGUGGUGCGGAUGAACGAGGCAAGACAGCUGGUUAAGCAACUGGUCUCCAACCGAAAAAGUCUCCCGCCGGUCCAACCGAUUCCCGUGCCGACGGGCACCAGCCAACGAAACUCUGUCCAACCGAUUCCCGUGCCGACGGGCACCAGCCAACGAAGCUCUUACGACUCGCUCUCAGCCCGCAUGGCCAUGAUACAAGCAUCGAGCCAGCAGAUGACUGGCCUGCAUCAGUCGGGCAAUCCGGCAGACAUGAGCCGCCGCUCCUCGUCCUCGUCCUCGUCGCACUACCGUCAAUCCAUUUACCAUCCAGCUCAAAGUGCGAUCAAUCACCAACAACCAUCCGGGCAUCAUUCCCCGCACUACCCAGCCGAGGUCCCGCCUGGACAGCGGGCCCCGAAAGGCGCAGUGGCUGGACAUCAUCAUUCUAAGCCGGCUCUAAGCAGCCGCCCCUCCGGCUCGGGCUCCGCCCAUAUCCCGUCCCUCUCCACUGCUGCCAAUCAUAAUGCAACGCUCCCUCCCCCGAAGUUCAGCCAGACCAACCCAGCCUCGAUCAAACCUAUGCUUACACAACAAAACGCUGGCUUAUAUUCCACUUUCACCCGCCCCCGCCCUUCAACUUCCUCCAAACGAAACCACAAGGGCGAUGUUAUUAACUGA